CGGGCAAAGCGCGCCCACGAAAUCGCGCAGAUGCUCGCUGAACCACGAGACGCACGACACAGCAACCAGCUCGGCUUCGUUCCAGGGAUUUCGACCAGCACUGCGUCCGAACCUGGAGGCGAUCGGACUCCGCGGUCGACGAUGCCGAUGGACCUGAGGCGACGCCGACGCUCCAGAGAAAGCGUCUGCAAGAUUGAACCCUGGAGUGGCCGCCUGCGCAACUACGCCGCGUUCCUGGUCAUCAGCUGUCCCAGCGGGUGCCCGUCGAUCAACCAGGUCUUCCCCAAACUUCACCACCUGCUGAACAUCUUCACCCAUUGUCGGGUGGAUCACGACAAGACACGCGCGGGAAGCGAGGUCGACGGCUGCUUCCUCCUUGCUGAGCUGUUCGUCCGGAAAGAAUUGAAUUCCAACUCCAACAUCGAACUACGCGAACUGAGACCAAGUUGGCUGCCACUGUCUUCCUUGUGUGGACUCGUGCUUCGCGUCCCCUCCAAGAUUCAACGCAGGCGGUCGUUGGCGCUGGUCGAUUGGGUGGUCAUGAAACACCCCACCAUUGACUUCGCGGAGCUGUGCACUUCGAGCAUCUCGCAAAACCAGCUUUUCAUGAGGGACGGCAUUGACCUGAGCUGUAACAUAAGGCACGGCCAGAUGUGUUACUACAACGUGGUCAACUACCCAUCCAGGAAACUUGUAGACACACUCCGCGCACCAGUGAUCAUGCUCGACAUGCUAAAGAUCAUGAGCGUGUACUUUUUGAGCGUUGGUCUUUACAUGCUGUGCGCGGUGUUCGUCAGCGGUGAGGCCCCGUGCACGCUCGUCUUCCUCGAGAACGGGAUCGACGUGCCCGAGGCUAAGGCGCUGAUACACUACAUCGACGCGCACCAUGGCACCAGCAAGGCUUACAUCGACGAGCUCUUCGCGACAGUCGACUCCUGCUACGUGCUGGACGACCUGGUCAGACACAACGCAGCCGUCGACGAGCUCGUGCUAAGCCGCCGUGCGCGUGGCACGUACCGGAAGCCGCACGGAUUCGCAGCGUUCUUCGCCGCCGUCCUCGAUCGGUGCUCACUGAUCAAGACGUUCGAGAUGUGCGACUUCGAAUUGAACAAGGCGAAUCUCCGGGACUUCUCCAGCGUGCUGAAUGGCAGCGUCAGAAUGCAGAGGCCUAAUGUAACGUGCACUGCCAUCGCCGCGGUUCCCCAGUUUUCACUCGGCCUUUUUAUUUUGCGCAAAGCAACACUCGCCGAAAUUCACGUCAGCAGCUGUCUGGCUCCCGUCCACAACUUGGGUGAAAUAACGAAAGAGAGCGGGGGUCAUGAGACGCUGAAGCAGCUGUCACUCAGCCAGGUGUAUCUUAGCGGCGAAACCACCUUGCGGCUCGUAGACACCCUGAAGGUGAACUUGACUAAAGGUUUCCUCAGUCGCAGCACAGAAAAACUGCCGGGUCUGGCGAAUUUUUCGAAGGAAAUUGGCGACAGAGACCAGAGUAGCAGGGCAGAGUUCGAAGGAUUCUACGCUGUGACUGACAGCCCAAUCGCCUAUAUCCAGAACCGUCCCAAAACCUGCCAAGCGACAUUCGAAACGCCCGUUCCACUUUCCUGGACUCAGUUCAAGAAACCCACCAUCCGACCAUGUGGCAACGCCCACCUCACGCGUCUUGCAGUCCGGAUGGUCACAGUCAUCGACUGCAACCUGGCCGUUCUGCUGUCCGUGUUCGCCAUGUCUGGCUACUUGCGUCAAGCACCGCUGGCCCUCGUCACGGUGACGUGGCCGUCUAUGACGCUGGGCAGAGAAAGGGGCAAGAGCCGCAGGCUCUGCUCCCUCAACUUCGGUGCCUGGACGUUCGAUUACCAACCAUCUUAUGUCCACCGCAGUGUUGCCGCAAUCUGACAUCUUCCAGUUCUUAAAGCUGUCGGGCGGCCAAGCAAAACACCACACGCUCUUGAGCAGGAUCGACUACGAACAGCGGGACUGUGAACAGAAUGUAUUCGACAUACGCGACGCGUUACAACCUAACCUGUCCUUACUGCAGGGCGCGAGGUGGUUCGUGGUGACUCCCGGCUACAAUUCCAAGACGGUCGGUCGCAGCUUUCUAGCAGGGGUGCGAGCCCGGGCAUUGCUCCUUCGCAUGUUGCCACUGGCGAAUCUGACCAAAUGCGACGCGGGAGAGACGAUCGCUCCCCAGUGACAAUACCUGGACGCGAACUUUCUGACCCUCUCUGGUGUCGUCAGUGGCAGUCGAGUGCUGCCGCGACACAACUGGAAGGGUCCACCUUCAUCAGCUCUGUAAAAGUGACUUCGACUGCUGGAUGAAGAUACGGUCAUACCUGAGCUUCGAAGAUCUAUUGUACAGUACCGGGUUACAAUGUAUUGACUUUCGCUUAGCCUCUAUCAUGUGGCAUCGUGCGCCUCUCCUGACUAAAUGUCGUCGCGAACCGGACCACAGUUCUUCAGGAGAUAGGCAGGCGCAGGACUAGCUCUACGAUGAAGAAAACCGGGACGCCAAGACCGAUUUCAUGAUAAUUUGUGAAAACAUUUUUCUUGCACUGUAUGUUAAAGAGUUUUCUUAGGGCAAAACGUCUGUGGCAGAACGUUUGGCGCAAAUGGCGCCAGCAACGUGAUGUAUACAUCCCUGUUGUACUGCAUUCUUCAGAGCUUCGUUUUUAACUUCGAUGUACAUGUUCUAUUUCUGAUUUAGUGAGGAUAAAGUUAGAAACAGCGUCA